AUGUACCGUGUUCUUCAUGUUGUCGUCACAGUUGUUCUGUUUUGUCCUUCAUAUCGUUGCCGCUAUAGUUCACGCUGUUGUUAUUGCAACCGUUCUUCAUUUGCUUUUGCUACUGUUCUAAUCGUUCUUUAUGUUGCCGUUGCUGUUGAUGUUCUAAUUGUUGCAGCAAUUGUAAUUCAGAUUUUCGCCGUUGCGAUGAUGUUCAAGAAUGUGAUCGAGUUGGUGAUGGUGCUAUGCGUGAAGGGAAUUGAAAAAUGA